CGUGCUGCGACCUGCGACCCGCGAGCCGGCAAAACAAAGGCUACGACGACCAAACGGCGUGGCCGCCGCGUGCGCGGGUACGGUGAGCCUGCACCUGCCCGCGGCCUGCCGGCUGCCGCCGAAAGACCGAGAGGAGAAUCGAAGAGAAUACCCAUCACUAGCUAGAUGCCACGAGGCCCAGAGGAGAAGGGAUGGCGAGGAUGGCCGGGGCCGACGGCGGCGAACGCCCGCGGCUUGGCCUAUAUAUGAGAGGCCGUGGAUCGUAUCCGAGCAGCUGCAGGCCAUUCCUUUCCAUUCCAGGCCAGCAGCUUCCGUUAGCCGCCCACCCGGCCUUCCCCACCACCGCAGCGCGAGAUGGGUGCUCGCGGCCUCCCUCGGGCUCUGCCUUCAGCGCCGGCGGCGGCGCUCCUCCUCCUCUGCCUGGUGGUCGCGCCGGCGGCGGCGCGCGGGCACAGCAGGGAAGACGACGCUCCCACCGGCACCGGCGGCGGCUGCAACAGCGGCGGCGGCGGCACGGCCCCGCCGCGGCUGUGGGUGUUCGGGGACUCGUACGCGGACACGGGGAACCUGGGCGACCUCGGGCGGGAGCUGACGCACGCGUGGUACGACCCCUACGGCGACACCUUCCCCGGCCGCCCCACCGGCCGCUUCUCCGACGGCCGCGUCCUCACCGACUUCGUAGCUUCGGCCAUGGGGAUGCCGACGCCGGUGGCGUACAAGCUGCGCAGGGGCGCCGCCCAGGGGCUCCUCGCACGCGGCAUGAACUUCGCCGUCGGCGGCGCCGGCGUGCUCGACACCGGCAACUUCCAGCGCAACAUCAGCGCCCAGAUCGACCUGUUCCAGGCCCAGGCGCAGCGCGGCACUCCCUCCAGCAACCGCGGCUGCGCCGGCGUCGGCGUCGCGCUCGUCGUCGUCUCCGGCAACGACUACUCCUACGCCGCCGACAAGGACAACGGCACGAGCGCGGCGAUCGCGUACAUCCCGACGGUGGUGCGGCAGCUCCGGGAGCAGCUCCGGCGGCUGCGCGACGAGGCCGGGAUGCGCCGGGUGGUGGUCACCGGCCUGCACCCGCUCGGGUGCACGCCGCUCUUCACCCGCCCGCUCAACUACAGCGGCUGCGACCCGCUCGCCAACGCCGGCGCCGCCCAGCACAACGCCGCGCUCCGGUCCGUGCUCGCCGCGCUCGACCCGGCCAACCGCACCUUCCUCCUCCUCGACCUCAACGCGCCCUUCGCCGCCCUCGUCGACGCUCCGCCAGGGGGGAGAUUCGCCGAGCAGAGGCGGCCGUGCUGCGAGGCCCUCGCCGCCGACGGCUACUGCGGCCAGCAGGACGACGACGGCAAGAGGAUGUACACGCUGUGCGACGACCCCGCAGAGCACUUCUACUGGGACGACGUGCACCCGACGCAGGCGGCAUGGGCCGCCGUCGCCGAGGCUUUCAGGCCCAAGAUCCGCGAGUUCCUCCUCUCCACCUGACCAGACCUUGGAUUCCGACUAUUUUUUUGUUCUGCCGGGGAUAAAAAAAAUGCGCAAAAGAAACGCCCAAAGCUAACAAAAUUUUCUUGGUCUGUCUACCAGAAUCAUCAUAUUAGUGAAAUUCUACUGUUACUCUAAAAA